AAACAUGGCGGCGCCCUGCGCGGCUUCUCGUCGCCGGGACCGUGGGGCCCGCCCGGCCUUGCCAGUACUCGGGGACUUCCUCCGCGCGCCGGCUUUCUGCCCAGCUGGCAUUUAAACCGGCGCCCGAGGCUGCAGGAUGCUGCUGCGGAUGCGGAGCUGUCCGCGGGCUGCGCAGCGCUGUCGCCUCUCCUGAGCCGCGUCGGCCCUGCUGGAGCGAGCCGAAGCAUCCCUUGGCUGCACGCUGGGCAGAGCGGGCGACGGCUGGGGGGAGAUCCGGGACCCCGGCAUCUGGCGGUUUCACUGUAGGCUCGACGUUACUUUCCAAGCGUGCAGCCCUCCUCCUCCAGCCAAGAUCGUUUUUUCCUCCUCCGGCCUGGGCUGCUGAUCGGGCAGGGACUGGGCUCGGUCCCCGGAGCAAGAAAAGAGCGCGCUCCCGGCCCCCCGAGCCGCGCGCCCGGGCCAUGGUGCGGCUGAGCCCCGCGCUCCGGUGAGGCGGCGGCGCGGCCAGGAGCCGGCGGGCCGGCCCUUCUCCCGAGGCGCCUUCCUCCGGGGCUGCGCGCAGGCGGCCAGCGGCGGCCGCGAUGUUCAGCUGGCUGAGUAGCGACGACCGCCGGAGGAAGGACCCCGAGGUCUUCCAGACGGUGAGCGAGGGGCUCAAGAAACUCUACAAGACCAAGCUGCUGCCCCUGGAAGAGCAUUACCGCUUCCACGAGUUUCACUCGCCCGCGCUGGAGGAUGCCGAUUUCGACAACAAGCCCAUGGUCCUGCUGGUGGGCCAGUACUCCACUGGGAAGACCACCUUCAUCAGGUACCUGCUAGAGCAGGACUUCCCAGGCAUGAGGAUUGGGCCCGAGCCCACCACGGACUCCUUCAUUGCGGUGAUGCAGGGAGACACCGAGGGGAUCAUCCCCGGGAAUGCGCUGGUGGUGGAUCCGAAGAAACCCUUCAGGAAACUCAAUGUCUUUGGCAACGCCUUCCUGAACAGGUUCGUGUGUGCCCAGCUGCCCAACCCCGUGCUGGAGAGCAUCAGCGUCAUCGACACGCCCGGGAUCCUCUCCGGGGAGAAGCAGAGGAUCAGCCGAGGAUAUGACUUUGCGGCCGUCCUCGAGUGGUUUGCCGAGCGUGUGGAUCGCAUCAUUCUCCUCUUCGAUGCCCACAAGCUGGACAUCUCUGAUGAGUUCUCAGAAGUCAUCAAGGCCCUCAAGAACCACGAGGACAAGAUGCGGGUGGUGCUGAACAAGGCCGACCAGAUCCAGACACAGCAGCUGAUGCGGGUGUACGGGGCCCUCAUGUGGUCCCUGGGGAAGAUUGUGAACACCCCAGAGGUGAUCCGGGUCUACAUCGGCUCCUUCUGGUCCCACCCCCUCCUCAUCCCUGACAACCGGAAGCUCUUUGAGGCAGAGGAGCAGGACCUAUUCAGGGACAUCCAGAGUCUACCCCGAAACACUGCCCUGCGCAAGCUCAACGACCUCAUCAAGAGAGCCAGGCUGGCCAAGGUGCAUGCCUACAUCAUCAGCUCCCUGAAGAAGGAGAUGCCCUCGGUGUUCGGCAAGGACAACAAGAAGAAGGAGCUGGUGAACAACCUGGCUGAGAUUUAUGGCCGCAUUGAGCGGGAGCACCAGAUCUCACCUGGGGACUUCCCCAACCUGAAGCGGAUGCAGGACCAGCUGCAGGCCCAGGACUUUAGCAAAUUCCAGCCGCUGAAGAGCAAGCUGCUGGAGGCGGUGGACGACAUGCUGGCCAACGACAUUGCCCAGCUCAUGGUGCUGGUGCGCCAGGAGGAGUCCCAGCGGCCCGUCCAGAUGGUGAAGGGAGGAGCAUUCGAGGGCACCCUGCAAGGCCCCUUCGGGCACGGCUACGGGGAGGGGGCCGGGGAGGGCAUUGAUGACGCUGAGUGGGUGGUGGCCAAGGACAAGCCCAUGUACGACGAGAUCUUCUACACCCUGUCCCCCGUGGAUGGCAAGAUCACAGGCGCUAAUGCCAAGAAGGAGAUGGUGCGCUCCAAGCUGCCCAACAGCGUGCUGGGCAAGAUCUGGAAGCUGGCCGACAUCGACAAGGAUGGCAUGUUGGAUGACGAGGAAUUCGCGCUGGCCAACCACCUCAUCAAGGUCAAGCUGGAAGGGCAUGAGCUGCCCAAUGAGCUGCCCGCCCACCUCCUGCCCCCGUCCAAGAGGAAACUUGCCGAGUGACGGGGGCAGGGGGAGGUUCAGACAGGCGGGUGUUAGAGGAGGAGAUGGGAGCAGUGACCACACACACACACAUGCACACACAGAUCUUGAGAAUUGCACCGUAGACGAGAGAGGACAGUGAUCCCUACGUUUCCAGGCUGAUCCUUGUUUGGACACAUCUCCAAGUUCUCGGGGUUAGUAGAAGGGAAGGAGCACUCCCAAGUCCAAGGGUUCAAGCCUACAUUUCCAUCCCUCUUUCCUUCCGGUCUUCCACUCCUCAGAGACCUGAGACAAUUCACUCCAGCACAGACGGCAGCCCACGCCCACAUUCCCCAGUGCCUCCGCACCCCCACACCCGGCUCUGAGCAGACGGAAGAGGCUUUGCAUUUAUGAGGCAUUUCACUUUUUUCUGCAGUUCCCCCCCUCUUUGGCUUCCUAGUAAGUAAUGUACUCAGGGGCUAGGAGAGAUGAGGUGUGGGGGCCACUGCAGGUAGCGGGGGAAGGAAGCAUCCUCCAGAGACGGUGGCCAUGAGCCCUGUUCUUUCCUAAUCUAAGGCUCUGUCUUCCUCGGCAAAUCGGGCUUUGAACUCCACCUGCACUUCGUUUCAAAGAAUCCCAGCGGGGGACAGAGAAGAGGAAACAUUGGUUGGAAAGAGCAAGGAAACUGCCCUGUAGUCAGCUCAAAACCAGUCAAGGUGGUUUUAGUUUAUAGAUUUUAUGAGAUUCAUAUUCUUUUCACCGGCCUGUGAUGUUUGGAUGUUCAUACUUGACUCACCUUUUCCCAGCCCCUCCUGUGUGCCAGGACCUGCAUUCGGCACUUUGUACACAUUAUUCCACGUGGCCCUCACUAUAGCCCUGGGAAAGUAUGUGGUAUUCUCCCCAUUUUGCAGACGAGGAGACUGAGAAUCCUCAGAAGGGUUUAGGUGACCUUCCCAAACUCACAGAGGUCACCUGUGCUGGAGAGAGAAUUCCAAGCCAGAGCCUCCAACCCUCACACCCUUCCCUGUGCUGUGACGUGUGCAGAUCCUGGCAUUGCUACCUGGUGGCAAACCGUGGAGAACAUGCCAAGCACGCAGGCCCCCUCGCAGCCUCCCAGAGCAGGCUGGCAAAGGGGGAGGGCUGGCCAGCAUUUGGUGGGCCAUCAGUCUGGCCAUCUGUCACAGCACAGAAGCAAACCGUGCCUUCUGGCUAAGCGCCCCACAUUCCUUACAUCACAGAAGCCCAGCAGCUCCAGGGGGAGAGUGGGCUGGCCCGCUGGAAGCUGUUCGUGCCGUCCCUGCUCAGCCUCCCACGUGGUAUCCUGAAUCAUCCCAGCUCAAAGGCAGCCGCCAGCUCUUAUCAAGUGGGACCCCAUGCUAAUUCUCGGCUAACUUGAGGGGUCCGGGGUCUUGUUCCCUGCAGUGUCCCCUGGGACUGUGAAGUGUCCUUGGUAAACCCCCACAUACUCAAUGCCCUACUUCCUCCUUCAUGGUCCCCCCCUCACUCCUGGCUUGCUUCAUGGCCACUGAAUCAGUCACUUCGUAUGCUAUGCGGUGAUGGCAAACAAAACAAGUAUAACUUGUUUUAUAUCUAUGUUCAGACUAUAUAGAGAAUAUUCUAUGUGUCUAUGAUGUGCUUACUACUGCAGUGCAUUUGUCAUUAGUGUUCAUGUUAAUACAUUUAUUCUUUGGUA